GAGGCUGAAGCUGACGGGGCUCAGACUCAGAGAGGGACGGAGGCGCAGGGACCCUGGACGGCAACUCACUUUAAAAACAACAACAACAACAACAACAACAUUCUCCCUCAUUGUCGGAAGAUUUUAAAAACAAUAUUAUCUCCCAGGAGUGUCCAGGGGAAGUCAGGCUGCGGGUUUUAACAUCAGCACGCGCUCCGCAGUUUUCGGAUAAUUUCUUGUUUUCCGAGUUUGGCCAGAGGUCGUUCACUGCCCCGGAGCCCCGCGUGGAUUAUUCAGUGGACUUGCGUGUUGUUCAGUACAGAACACACCUUUACUUCGUCAAACACGGACUUCGUCUACAAGUUUGGACUGCUGUCAACGCACACCUCUCGUGUCUUUUAGGUAUGCCAUUGGACAUCAGUGCGUCUCCGGACAGGUAACCAGGUGUGCUGCUGCUGUCAUGGCCUUGCCAACCCUGCGGCUGUUUCCUGUCACCUUGGUCACAGUCCUGGUGGCGCUGGUGUCGUCUUCUGGGGACAAUGAGUGGGACUUUAACCCAGCUCAGUGUCGUUACGCCCUCGGGAUGGAGGAUGGCGCCAUCCCAGACUCUGACAUCACUGCCUCCAGCGCCUGGUCAGACUCUACUGAGGCCAAACAUGGAAGGUUGAGCACUGGAGAGGGGGAUGGGGCGUGGUGUCCUGCAGGAGCCGUGUUCCCCAGUGGAUCAGAAUACCUUCAGGUGGACCUGCACGAACUCCACUUCCUGGCUCUGGUUGGUACCCAGGGUCGUCACGCCGACGGGCACGGCCAGGAGUUUGCCCGCAGUUAUCGGCUCCGCUAUUCCCGAGACGGAGUGAAAUGGAUCACCUGGAAGGACCGCUGGGGCAAGGCAGCGGUGUCAGGGAAUGAGAACACCUAUGAUGUGGUGCUGAAAGACCUGGGCCCUCCCAUAGUGGCCCGCAUGGUGCGCUUCUACCCACUGGCUGACCGAGUUAUGAGUGUUUGUCUUCGGGUGGAGCUCUAUGGUUGUCUUUGGAACGAUGGGUUGAAGGCUUACACAGCUCCAGUGGGUCACGUCAUGCAUCUGUCUGGCAUGCCUGUCUAUCUAAAUGACACCACCUACGACGGGAGCACCGAGCAAGGGAUGCAGUUUGGAGGCCUGGGUCAGCUGUGUGACGGCGUCCUGGGAGGAGACGACUUCAUAGAAACUAAAGAGCUGAGGGUGUGGCCUGGGUAUGACUACCUGGGCUGGAGCCGGGAAGCUCUUGGGCAAGGCAGCGUGGAUAUCGAGUUCCACUUUGAGAAGCCACGUGUCUUCCACAACAUGCAGGUGCACAGUAACAACCGCCACACUCAGGGUGUGCGAGUCUUUAGCAAGGUAGAGUGUCUUUUCAAGCCUGGCAUCCUCCAGCCCUGGACCCCUGAGCUCACUCUGCCUGUGCCCCUUGAGGAUCUGAAAGACCCCUCCUCACGACCCAUCUCCCUCCCACUGGGCGGCCGGCCGGCUCAGAUUCUCCGCUGCAAAUUCUACUUCGCUGACAGCUGGCUCCUCAUCAGCGAGAUAUCCUUCCUCUCUGAGCCGUUUGAGGAGGAUGCAACAGAGAAGGAUUCAUUUCCUACUAAUCUUCCCAAGAUUCCCACCACCAGUUCCUCUCCUUCUCCUGUCAACCUCACUUCCUCCUCUCCCACGUCCAACCACAGCUCCUCCAACACCACUGCCGGCCCAUCUGAUGUCGAAUUUGGUGCCAACACUCCAAGGGCGGGGCUUCCUGUAGCCAAGGAUGACAGCAGUAAUACAGCUAUUCUGAUUGGCUGUCUGGUGGGCAUCAUCCUUCUGCUGCUGGCUGUGAUAGCUGUCAUUCUGUGGAGGCAGUACUGGAAAAAGAUACUGGGCAAGGCCCAGGGGAGUCUAUCCAGUGAUGAGCUGCGAGUUCACCUGUCAGUCCCCUUGGACAACGUGGUCAUCAACAACACACACAGCUACUCAAGCCGCUAUCAGCGCAUCCACACUUUCCCCGACGACCGCGACCAUGACAGAGAGGGAGAAGGAGAGUAUCAAGAGCCCAGCGCUCUGCUGCGGCCAAGGGAUCCCAGAGACGGCACAGAUCACAGAAAAGGCUCGAGACCCCUAGUCGUCCCCCGCACCGCUCAGGCUCAGGAAAAGAGCCUCAAUGUGCCGCAGGCCUGUGGUUUGGACAUGGACAUGGAGAAGGGUUUCCCCCCCACUCAGGAGGAGCCUCCUCCCUACCCUGGCGCUCCUCCGUACCCCUCCCUGUCUCCCCCCGUUUCUCCCCCACUGCCUCCCAGCGUCCCUCAUUACGCUGAGGCGGACAUCGUGAGCCUGCAGGGGGUCAGCGGUAACAACACCUACGCCGUGCCCGCCUUGGCCUCCUCCAGCCCGGGAGCCGACGGCGCCCCGCUGCCGGAGCUGCCGCGCCAAUGUCUCAUCUUCAAGGAGAAGCUGGGAGAGGGACAGUUUGGAGAAGUUCACCUGUGUGAAAUCGAGAACCCUCAGGACCUUCCCAACUUGGAGUUCCCCUUCAAUGUGAGAAAAGGUCGCCCUCUUCUGGUCGCAGUGAAGAUCCUCCGCCCGGACGCCUCCAAGAAUGCCAGGAACGACUUCCUGAAAGAGGUGAAGAUCCUGUCUCGCCUGAAGGACCCGAACAUCAUCCGUCUGCUGGGAGUGUGUGUGAGCAGUGAUCCCCUCUGUAUGGUCACCGAGUACAUGGAGUGUGGAGACUUGAACCAGUAUCUGUCCCAUCGAGUGCUUCUGGACAAAACGGGACUUUCCCAUAACACCCCGACCAUCAGUUACCCAGCCCUCAUCGCCAUGGCCAGCCAGAUUGCGUCAGGAAUGAAGUUCCUUGCCUCCCUCAACUUUGUGCACCGGGAUCUGGCCACGCGGAACUGUCUGGUCGGGGGUGAGAGGGGUGAGAGCGGAGAGGAUCAGGGCGGCGAGCGUCACAUCAAGAUAGCUGACUUUGGCAUGAGCAGGAACCUGUAUGCAGGAGACUACUACAGGAUCCAGGGCAGAGCGGUGCUGCCCAUACGCUGGAUGGCCUGGGAGUGUAUACUCAUGGGUAAGUUCACCACGGCCAGCGACAUGUGGGCGUUCGGGGUCACGCUGUGGGAGAUGCUGAGCGUUUGUCAGGAGCAGCCGUACUCCAACCUCACAGAUGAACAAGUCAUUGACAACGCUGGGGAGUUCUUCAGAGACCAGGGCAGACAGGUGUACCUGAGCAGGCCGGCCGUGUGUCCUCAGGGUCUCUACGAGCUCAUGUUGAGCUGCUGGAACAGAGACUGCAAGCUCCGCCCGUCCUUCGCCGACAUCCACUCCUUUCUUACCGAGGACGCCAUGAACAUGGUGUAGAGAAAGAAACGGAAGGAAGAGAAAGGCGACGCUAAAGAGGGGAAACUCUUGUACGUUUCUGCAUCCUUGCUGCAGUGGGGAAGGUGUGGUGGAGGUGCUGCACAGCAGAGGCAGAUGAGAGGAGCGUGGGUUGCUCGCUUUUUAUAUUUGUACUUUUUUUGGGGUGGAUGGGGCUGAGACGCCGCUGGUUCGGUUUAUUUCCACAUCAGACCCCCGACCCCAAAGGCAAAACUAACCCCCGCUUUAGACGGGUAGGAGUCCGAGCUUCAUUUCACUGGUGAUGGGUGCAGUCUGCAUAGGAACGCUCUCCUCUCAGAUACUUUAUUAUUAGGGAGCUUUGUGUUACUGGUGCUGUAGAUAAGGACACAGGAAGCUGCUGAGGCUACAUGCAGGGUAAUGGGUGACGGUGCACAUGGCACAACAACUUGUCUGACCAGCACACUACUGUUUAGACAUGAAAGUGCACGUGCAGGGAUUGUCUUAGUAUUUAUCGUAUGUAUAACCCAAUGCACACAUUUUAGUCGAAAUCAGUAAGAUCACUCCACGCACAACAAAUGAUAAUUUGACCAAAAGUCUAGGAAAAGAUUUUCAGACAUGGCUGAUUGAUAACUUUCGACAAUCCUCUCAUCUCAACCCAAAAGAACGUACACAGUGACCCUCAUCCACAGCCGUGACUCCAAGUUAUUGUGGACUAAUGUGAAAUGAUGUGGACCAGACAACAGCAGCAUUUCUGCAAUGCAAUUACAUCAGCUACCCCCCCCCCCCCCCCCCCCCCAGUUGAAAGCCAUUUUUAAACCCCAUCAUGAAGCCACAGAGAGAAGAACUGUGCCCCGGUGCCAAGUGGACUUCUAAAACGUGAGGAAGGGGGCACAGAAGAGGGUCUGCUGCUGCCGAUGAGACGUGACCCACGCAGAGAGACAAUGCUGCCACCUGGGCCAGAGGCCGGGACAUCUUCAGAGGCGCCUGCUCGGGUGUUUUGGCAUUUUGUUUUUGUAUCUGGCAGCGAGCCAGACACAAAGGAUAGAUAAAAAAAUUCCACAACCAGCUGCACUUUAAAUCCUACAUGCAUAUCCCUGGCCAUGAUGGAACUCCUCUCUGCGAGGGCCCUGAUAUGAUUCCUGUCAAUGUGGAUUCUAAUGCAUUUCACCUGCAGUUAUUUCAGUUUUCUACGAAUGAAGAGGGAAAAUCCGGACAAUCCGUCUUCCUUGAUAAAUCCUCUCCCUACAAGGCAUUGCCAAACCAUGAGAUGUAAAAUAUAUAUUUUUUUUUAAAGGAAUGGCACCAUGAAUUCAUCUAAUUUUAAAUAUAUGGCAACCUUUUGUUCGAUGUAUUGAGAUGCAUUUACUCAUCGGAUAAUCAAUCUGCUCAUCCACAUGCAUUACCGUACUCUACAAACACACAGUUCACUUUGCAUUUCCCCACGUUAGUACAUUACGCUGACGCGGUAGAAUCAAUCUACCUUACUGCUUUGUAUAGCACUGUAAUCAGGCCUGAGGUGAUCAAGAGUAUCAAUUAAUACAUGUUUACUGAUUGUCAAUGGUUGUUCCAUUUGAGUCAUUUUUGAUACAAUGUAGUUCAACUAAACCCAUAUUUUUAUAUAUACUUUAUGUACUUGGACACUCCUUGAUGUUUGAUUUCGUCCUGUGUCUUUUGAGGUUGAGCAUAAUAGUAUGUACAUAUUUUAAGGUCAGAAUUGUAAUUUCCUUUACUAAUAUAUGGAAAACUCUGUAACAUUUGGGGUCUUCUGUAUCUCUGUAGAACGCUUGCUACCUUGAUGCCAUGGUAAUUCAUCGUUGUCUAUUUUUGUAGAUGUUUUAAUAAAGUUAACCUUUUC